AUGCUCCAGGAUGGCGCAACCCAGCUCCUCUGCCUCACAGCCGGCAGCGGUGUUCCUCUUUUCACCCGGGGGGCCUCCAGGCACCAGCUGCCCUUCUCCGUCAUCGGCUCUUUGAACGGCGUGCACAUGUUCGGGGGAGGACAGGGAGCACUGCUGUCCUGCUGCGACACGGAAGAUGGGGGGAAGGUGAUGUGGAGGGUGUUCCAAGACAGCGUGAUGCUCAUCGCUGUAAGUGGAGGUGCAGGACACAGAGAGGAGGAGGUCCGCCUGCAGCGCCUCCUGGAGAACGUGUGGAACUGCAUGGUGCUGGUGUUGGGGCAGGAUGAGCUGGCAAAUGUCAGGAAUGUGGAGAGACUAAAGAGGGACUUGCGCUCCUGCUUCAGCCUCAUCGAUCAUCUGCUCGAAGAGAAGCGACCAGGCAUCUUUGGGGACCUUACACACUGUGCUGAUUCACUGCUGCCACCGAGCCCCACUCUGCUGCAGGAGGCUGUGGAUGGAUUUGCCCGGGGGGCUGACAGUGAGUUUGGUUGCCUCCUUGUCUACGGGCGGAUAGCUGCAGCGACUGAGAAGUGGUGGCGCCUGGUACCACAGGAAGUCAUCCUGCUCUCCGCUCUGAUACGAACCUUAUCUGCAUCUGGAUCAUCCUCUUGUGAUUACCCAGUUUACCUUCCUCAAGGCAGCCCCACUGUUGCCUACCGCCUGCUCUGCUUCAGACUGCUCCCUGGAGCGAGUGUGUGCGUGUUGUGUGGUCCCACUCCAUCCCUGCACAAAGCUGAGACUGAGCUGGUGGGUUGUUUCUGGUCACCCCUGCUGGAAACACUGAGAAACUGUCUGGAUGUUGGAGAGCGCUGCAUGCCGGGAUCUGUCUCCCUGCGCCCUGAUGUUCUGGCACUCCUCCUCAUUAACCGUGAAACCCGUCGCUCAGUCUCCUGUGUGCAGACUUCCACUCAUCAUCCACCAUCGCUCUCCAGAACCCGCUGCUGGGAGCUACUGCAGGCCUUCUAUAUCUUCUGCAUAUCACGCUACUUCACUCAAGAUGACACGUUAUGCACUCCCCUGGAGGAGAGGGCCCAGAGAGGCAAAACAGAGGACUUCCUGCUUGGAUUCUCCCACCAGCCUCAACAGUGCUAUCUAGUUACAGAAGAAUGCAAAAGCUUUGGACUUCAGACGCCGCAGCACCAGCUGUUUCUGCUUAUGUCACCAUCUGCGCCCACUUUUGCUCUACGCGCAAUAGCUGCACAAACUCUCUCUCAUAUAGUUUCAGCCACAGGGUUUUAA